CCCAAACGGACGGUGGGGGGCGGAGGAGUUUUGGGGUCUCAGCUCGCAGUGAGCACGGAGACGCCACUGCGCGCACAGCGCCGAGGAACACGCGCUGCGGCGACACCAACAACAACAACCGCCAUUCGCCGCUAAGUGGCGGUGACGUCACUACGACGCUUGUGCCAGGCUAUGUGCACCUUGAGGCCACCGCAUCAUCAGCGACAUCAUCAUCAGCUGCAGCGUCACUGCGUGCCAUCAAUCAUCUGCCUGCAAUUAAUCAUCUCUAGCCGCAGGGUCGUUCUCAGCACCUGCACAUUCUUCAGAUUGAACACCAUAAUUAUCAUCAUCACCAUCGAGAGGGGGGGAAGGGGCUUCAGCAUUUCUAUAAAUCAUCUUCACCACCAUUGUCGCCAUCGUCGUCGGGGAUGGGAAGGCAGCAGGGGCGCGCGCGCGGCCACGCAGUCCGGUGAAGGAGGCGGCGAAGCGCGCUCCCCGCGGCCACGAGCGAGGGGUUCCCCAUUGGCUGCUGUCGCUGCAACUUGUUUUGUUUUUAUACCCCCUUUUUUUUCCCACGACCUCGCGUGGAACUGAAUUAACCGCGCGCUGCGAGCGAGCGACGCGCGGCAACAGCAGUCGCCGCGGCUUUCACGGGAAUGGACCGCCGGCAAUAAAACACUGCAGCAGCAAGCGGUUCAUCAUCACCGUCGUGCGCGCAGAGGAGCGCACGCGACAGAGGACGUGUCGGAAGAGGAGACAAGGGACGACGCGCCGCGCCCAGACGCGGUCGCGGGGCUCGCGGCUGUUGCCCGGCAGAGUUCCGAGCGGAGGAGCGCCCAGGGGACGCGACUGGGGCCGCGAUGGUUCACACCGUGACGGCCAUCUCUCUGGUCAGCCUCGUGACCCUGGGCUACCUCUCGUGGAACAUGGUGCGGCCCCUCGUGGGAGACUCCUUGAGUCUGCAGCACGGAGCCAACGCCACCGCCGAGCGAGAUGACAUCAACACCAUCACCGCCAUCCCCAACAGCACCUCGUACUCUACCUCAAACUCCUGCGCCACCAACACCACCUCCACCAACGCCUCCUCAACAUCCUGCACAUCGACCAACACAUCCUCCUCCUACUCCCCAUCCUCCGCGGGGGUCCCGGCUCGCAGUCGGGGACCCGCUCUUGCCAACCCAAGGAGCUCGACUCCGCGGCCGCACAUCGUGUUCAUCCUGGCGGAUGACCAGGGCUACCACGACGUGGGCUACCACGGCGCCGAGAUCCGCACGCGGGCGCUCGACCGCCUCUCGGCGCAGGGCGUGCGCCUGGAGAACUACUACGUGCAGCCCGUGUGCACGCCGACCCGCAGCCAGCUGCUCAGCGGCAGGUACCAGAUCCACACGGGGCUGCAGCACUCCAUCAUCCGGCCACGCCAGCCCAGCUGCCUGCCGCUGCACCUGCCCACGCUGCCAGAGCGGCUGCGCGAUGCGGGCUACGCCACGCACAUGGUGGGAAAGUGGCACCUGGGCUUCUGCCGGCCCGAGUGCCUGCCGACGCGCCGUGGCUUCGACUCCUUCCUGGGCUCGCUGGCAGGCAGCGGCGACCACUUCACGCACGAGGCAUGCGACGGGCCCGCGGCGUGCGGCCUGGACUUGCGCGUGGGCGAGCACGUGGCGCGUGCACACGGGGGCCGCUACUCGACCGAGAUGUACGCGGCGAGGGCUGUGCGCCUUGUGGAGGAGCACGACGCGGCGCAUGGGCCGCUCUUCCUCUAUGUGGCCUUCCAGGCCGUGCACACGCCCCUGCAGGCGCCGCCGCGCUACACGGAGCGCUACCGGCGGAUCGCGAACCAGGCACGGCGCCGCUACGCGGGGAUGCUCUCGUGCCUGGAUGAGGCAGUGCACAACAUCACGGAGGCGCUGCACCGCCGUGGCCUCUACAACAACUCGGUGCUCGUCUACUCGAGCGACAAUGGAGGACAGCCGCUCUCCGGGGGCAGCAACUGGCCACUGCGGGGACGAAAGGGCACGUAUUGGGAGGGCGGCGUGCGAGCCCUGGGCUUCGUGCACAGCCCUCUGCUGCGUCUCAAGGGGCGCGUGAGCCGCGCGCUCGUCCACGUCUCCGACUGGUUCCCCACGCUCCUCGCGCUCGCGGGGGCAGGCGCAGACACAACCACUGCCGACCCCGCCAGCCCCGCGCUGGAUGGGCACGACGUGUGGCGGGCCUUGAGCGAGGGGGCCCCGUCCCCCCGCACCGAGAUCCUGCAUAACAUCGACCCCCUGUACAACCGCGCCCGUGGGGGGUCGCGCGCCGCCGGACACGGCCUCUGGAACACGGGCGUGCAGGCGGCGCUGCGCCAGGGAGACUGGAAAAUUCUGACGGGCGACCCAGGCUACGGCGACUGGGUGCCGCCGCAGACGUGGCCGGCAUUCCGCGGGAGCUGGUGGGCCCUGGAGCGCGCCGCACCGGCGUGGAGCAGCGGCGGAGGAGGCGGCGUAGGUGGAGGCAGGGGGGGCGUCGCGGAGCCGCAGACGCUGUGGCUAUUCAACCUGUCGGCCGACCCCUUCGAGCGCUACGACGUUUCGGCGCGGCACCCGGACGUGGUGCGGCACCUGCUGGGCCGGCUGGCGGAGUACGCGCGCGGCGCCGUCCCCGUGCGCUUCCCUGCCGAUGACUCGCGCGCCCACCCGGCGCUGCAGGGCGGCGUUUGGGGGCCCUGGCUGCUGCCGCGUGACGGAGGAGCACGGAGACGUGGAGAGGGGCAGCCCGGUGGUGGCAGUGGUAGCGGUGUCUUCUCAGGAGCAGGAGCAGCAGCAGCAGGGGGUCGAUCGCUGGCAGCCACCGCCGCCUACUGCCGGCUGUGCAAGCUGCGCAGCUAUCUGCGCAAGUUGCGCGCCGGGCGGACUGCCGCACCGAGCGGAUCGUGAGCGACGCGGGCCGAGCGGGCUCAGCGGGCGUGCGGCGGCACACGGAGUUCCCGGCUGAGUGGCUCAAGGGAGCAGCGGCAUGGCCAUUGGCGCACACGUGCUCCAACAACAAAGCCCGUAAGCCGAGUUCUAAUCCCGACCU